UGCACGAACAAGGCCAUCGACGGUGCUGCAUCAAACGGCCAUUUGGAUGUCGUCAAGUGGUUUGGUGGGACUGAUGUGGCGUAUAACAGCAGCCACGCCAUCGAUGGAGCAGCUACAGGAGGUCAUCUCCAUGUGGGACAAUGGCUAAACGAUAACUAUCCGGAGAUAGCAUGUACCAGCUCUGCUAUGGUUGAAUAUGACGAGUUAUCCGACCUUACUUAUUUAUUGUAUGCCUAUUAA